AUGGCUGUCAAUGGCACGUCCACAGAUAACUUUCAUGAAUUGCUCUGCCAAUGGAUUGGAUGCAGCGAAACUUUUUUCACUGCGGAGGCCUUAUAUGUAAGCUCUUCGGCUGAUAAUUUGUCUCCAAAAGGUCUAACUGUUGUUGCGACACAGGAGCACCUCUGCGGGUGGCAUGUUGGCCGCAAUAUCACCAAAACCCCCAGCUUAGCAUGCCAAUGGGGCAAUUGCAAUGCUGUUGCUACCAAGCGUUACCAUAUGACAUCCCAUGUCCGGGCCCAUGUGCCCUUUAAGCCUCACAAAUGUCAUGUCUGUGAUGAUUCUUACAAGCGCCCCCAGGAUUUGAAGAAUCAUGUCAAGACGCAUGUGAAUGACUCGGAAAUUCAAUCUCCUGAAAUGGACCUGAAGCAUCCGAAUAUGAUAUUCCCUAGCAAUCGGAAAGUUUAA